UAUUUUUAGAAAAAAUCUUAAAAGAAAAAUUAAAAUUAAGAAAACAAUUAAUUUAGAACAAAAAAUAAAAGAAAUUCAAUCAGAAUUAGAAAAUACAAAUACUAAUUUGCAAAAACAAAAAUGGUUAAGUGAAAAUAGUGGAAAUUCUGAACAGGUUGAAUGUGCUUAUCAUACUUUGGAGGUACUUUUAAUUCUAUUUGCAUUCCAAAAAAAUUUUUUAUGACUAUAACGCGGCUAUUCAUGAAAAAGCACAAAAUUUCUCAAAUAUUUUUUUCCUACUAUAAAGUGCGUUGCAAAAUUAUAAGUCCACCCCAAUUUUUUCUGUUUCUCUGGCCUUAA